GGGAAAAUAUGAAUAAGGAAGUUUUGAAAGCAUGGAUGUUGAAUUCACAAUUAUAAUCAUAUUACUCCAUAAUCAUCUUUCCUCUUUAUACGCUCAACUUGAUAGCUUUAGACUGUCUAUUUUUUGUAAAAUGAAAGUCCUGUGAGAGAAGACGACCGAAGUUUUCAUUAUCUGAAUAUUGGAGCUGGUAAUUUCUACUGAUAUUUCGCGAUUAUUAUAACAUCAAUCCUGAACAAAGUUAUUUUAUCAUCUACACGGAACAAAAUUAUGCUUUCAUGUACAUAAGUGUGCCAGUUAGUGUGCGUGCAAUGCCGAACAGAGUAUAUUGGAUGAUAUAUAUGUGUAUGUUCCUAUAAAUGCAUUUAGUUAUCUUUUAUGAUUGUUUCUUUUUACCCAGUUUCCACAAAAACUAACAAUUCCAAGGUUAAAAGUUGUCAAGAUGACUGCUCUUCUCACUACUUUUAUUUAUUUUGCUGCAAUUUUACACAUCCCUUUUAUCAAAGGGAAGUUCUGUUCAUACAAAUCAGGGAGGAAGUAUAAACACACUGAAGAUUGCACGGAACUAGAACACUGUGAAGACAAAAACUUUGACGAGAUUAUUGGAGCAUGCCGAGAAUCUGGGAACCAAUGCGAACCCGGAUGGAUGGGACCAGGAUGCCAGUAUGUUAACCUGGCUUUUGAUAAUCAAAGCGGGACCAUGCAUUCGACGGACAUUUGAGUACAAUUCGUUUGAUAGGACCCAAAGAAGAACUAACCCUUCCAGGGGUAUUCAUCGUGUCAGCUGUUAACAUCUUUUUUGAUUCAAACAAUUUCUAUACAACGGUAAGAAUAUCAGUCAGCAAGGGCAUAACAGUUUAUGAUGGACCAUUGCGGAUGGAUUCCACUGUAUAUCUUAAACGUCCUGUGAGAACUCAAAGACUGCUGUUUUCAUUUAAUCGGUCUUUCAUGGUGAAGGAAGUCGAAGUUUUUGGUGGUAAAAAUGUGGCUUUGUGGAAAGAAACCUCACAGUCAAGCACUUAUGAAAACAGUUCUAAUUAUGCAUCAGACAAGGCGGUGGAUGGCUGGGACAGUGACCACUACUUUUUCAACAAUACCUGUAUACAUACUGAGCUUCGUGGAGAUAAUCCAUUCUGGAGUGUGAUGCUGGGCGAUUUUUACAGAAUAUUGUCAGUGUAUAUAUCAAACAGAGAGGAUAGAAGUGAACGAAUAAACGGGUUUACUGUACACGUGAAAACUGCCUCUGGAGAGGAACGCUUGAUUUACACUGACAAACAACAAAGCAAAAGGAAAGAUAUCUGGAUUGACUCUUCCUACAUGCCGAAUGAAUUAGUAAAUGAGGUUAUAAUCAGGGGUGAUAAUAUCAACCAUGAAAAAAUAAUCAACCUUUGUGAAGUUUACGUUUUAGCUUGUAUUCCCUCAAAAAAUGAAACAUCAGAAUGUACACAGUUGUUUCCUGAGAACUGCCACCCGUCCUUUGACAAGAUGAGUGACAACCUUGCCUGUCCUGCUUGUCUCUCAGGAUGGACUGGAGAUUAUUGUGAUAUAAAAAAAGAACAUAGAUACUGCAAAUACCAUAAGGGCAGAACAAUAGACAAUAAAGGAAAUUGUACCCGACGAGAGCACUGCCUUGGGGAGUUUCGGAAAUCCGAUGGACAAUGUACAUCUCCAAAGAACCAGUGUGAACCAGGAUGGAUGGGUCCGGGAUGUCAGUAUGUGAACUUGGCAUACAGAUCGUCCUCUUCCAUUGCAAGCCUUGAUGGAAGCUUAAAUACAUCUGAGCAGAUUUUAGAAAUACAAAUUGAAUUUAAUGGAAGUUUUAUAAUAUCGGCCUUGAUUAUUCAUGGUAAACAAUCAAACAAUGUGACAAUAAAAACUCCAAAAAACGAAACAUGUUACAUGGGUAACAUAAAAGAGGGCUCCCAUAUCGUGUUCUGCAAUUUUAUUUUGAGAACAAGAAGUUUGUUCAUUUCAUUCUUAAAAAAGCAAACUGUUAUGGAAAUAGAAGUUUUUGGAGGACGCAAUGUUGCACUGUGGAAAAAGACCACGCAGUCAUCAAUUUACAACAAUACUUUAACAUCACCUGACAAAGCUGUAGAUGGAUGGGAUAGCGGAGGAGAUUUAUUCAAUGACUCAUGCACACACACUUAUGAGAAACAUGAGACUAAUGGCCCUUUUUGGAAUGUUGAUCUUGGAAGCCCAUAUUCCAUUAUGUCAGUCCGCAUCGCAAAUAGAAACAAAUACGAACAGAGAAUAAAUGGAUUUCGAUUAUUUGGACUAAACUUUACAAACUUGAGGCAGUUGAUGUAUACAGAUCCAGGAAAUGCUACUUCAAGAAGUUCAGUUUGGGUAGACUCGUCAAUUAUGACAUCAUCUUUGUACCACACGAUCAUCAUUGAUGGAGAAUAUCUGGUUAAAAACGAAAGCAGAUACCAGAUUCUCGCGCUCUGUGAAGUAGAAGUGUUUGCUUGCAGAUUAACAGAAAAUAGAGGAGAAGACUGUGUUAGUUUUUGUCCUAAAAACUGCCAGCAAACAGAAAAGUGUUUGAAUAAACAGUUUACCUGUCCUAAUUGCAAUCCUGGAUGGAAGGGUCCUCAUUGCACACAAGGCAAUGUUUUCCUAUUUUAG